AUGAGCCUCGCUCUGUUGAACAAAACCAGUGUCGAUGGCACCCAUAAUGGUCUAGCAAGGAGAAUCAAGAAUGGAGAUGGAAAAGUGGCGAAGGAUCCAUGUGAUAGCUUAAGCAAAGAUGAGCUUAUCACAAGUCGCUGUAUCCUGAUAGACAUCGAGGAUAGCAGUGAUGAACUCUCUAUCAUAGGGGAUGCAGUUGGAAGUAUGCUAGCACAAGAAGAUGAUGAGAAGAAUGAGAGGGUCAUAUACUACUUGACCAAGAGGUUCCAUGAUUAUGAGACUAGGUACACUCCCAUAGAAAAGUCAUGCUUUGUACUUGUUUUAGUCGUACAAAGAUUGAGACAUGUCGUUUUACCCUUUCAAAUAUGGGUGGUAGCAAGAUUGUCAAGGUGGUUGAUCUUGUUGGCAAAAUUUGAUUUGAAAUAUGUGGCUAGAAAAACUAUCAAAGGAAGCAUUGUGUCAGAUUUUUGUGCCAAGAAUCCCAUAAAGGGAGAAAAUGGUAAAGAAGACUUUCUAGAUGAGGACAUUUUGGAUGUUGAGUUCGGGACACGGAAGAUGUACUUUGAUGGAGCCGUAAACCAAUAUGGGAAUGGGGUAGGAGUACUCUCGAUCACUCCCGAGGGAUCUCACAUACCUUUGGCAAUCAAGUUGAACUUUGAAGUUACAAAUAACAUGGCUGAAUAUAAAGCUUGUAUAGUUGGAAUGGAAGCUCUCGAGAAUUUAGGGUAA